CGUCCCAGGCUUCCCACUACACCAGUUACCAUGAGUUCCCUGCUACUCCCCGUCAAGUUGGAAUGCUUCGUCUUCAACGAGGACGUUUGCAGCGGCGCCGACAACGAGGCCAAGAUUGCACCGCUAGCUCAGCCAAAUUAUGCGCUGCUGCAGUACGACAACCACUUCCUCUCCAACGACGUGCUACGCCAUGUCGACCUCCACGCGGCCUCGCCAGCGUCUACAAACAUGCGCUUCACCGACCUCGGCACCAACCUGCCUCGCCUGAAGCGCCAGGGCGUCUACGUCCACUGGACAAUCCCACGGCCGUACCGAGUAGCGGCCACCCAGACGCAGGAAAAGGCCCCAGCAGGCCUGCCGGAAGGUACUGCUGUCCCAGGUGAUAAAGACUAUGGCAAGCCCAAGACAAGUCAUUCCCACGAUCCGACUGUGCCCAGCUACUAUGACGUUCCCUCGCGCUGGCUUGUCGUUCGCCACAUCGCAGACGAUAAAUCCAUCUUCCCCGAGAGCGCAAGAGGCCUCGUGCCCGAGUUCCGUGCGUGGGUCGUCGAGAGUGACGUCUGCAGGUCCAUCGACGACCUAGACCAAGAUGUAGACGUGCAGACGGACGUGUCACCGUACAUAGCGCCAGAGUCUAGAGUCGACGGUAGUGUCGAGGUCGACAUAGAGGCACAGGCAGAGGUCUUUAUCGGCCAACGCUUCCCGGCUGAGACGUGGUCUGAGAAUGCAAAAACGAACCGAGUCCGUGUCAACUUGUUCAACAGCUCCAACCAGCUCUUCGCCGACUACCAGCCGCACAACGGAAACGUCUUUAGCAUGCUGGACCGGUUCGAGUACCAGGAUGCCGAGAACAAGGAGCAGUGUCUGACGGCAGCCAAAGCUUCCUACUAUGCCAUCGGGUGGCAGCCAGACAUUAAUCGAGACCUCUUUGUCCCUCCAGCAAACCAAGGGGACCAAGAUGGUUCAACUCGCCCGUCUAAGCUCCGCUUGCUAAACAUGGUGCUCGAGGCCGACGGCCAUGCCUCUACAGAAGACUGGAGCAAGGAUAAGGAGCCCGGGAGAACCCUCUGCCAUGGUGCCAUGUACGACGUCGAAUGGAACGCUCGGGGAAAGCCCUCCAACGUGCCCGCAGACAAGGCGUGCGCGCACCUCAUGAGGAAUUCUCCCAUCGCCGUGGGGACGACGCCCAUGGACGCCAUCAUGGCCUACGUCUCUGGACACAGCAAGUCUUCCGUCGGUGACGUUCGCGACCUUGAGAUGGUUCUGCUCAAGCUGCAGACCCUCCUGCUGGAUCGUGAUGAGGGCGUCGAGCCGCAACGUCGGGCUGCCGACGUCCUCAGUAACCUCAACUUCCAGCGCGAGGAGGGAGGAAAGAGAUAUUUCCUCUCGGACCCCAAAGAUGAUUCCGCGGGGACCACCAGCCCUGGGGACACGUACAAACCGACCGCAGACGAGUUGACGGCGCUGUCGGUCCUGAAUGAAAAGCAGCGUCAGAUGGAUACCCUGUCGCGGUCGCUGAGGAAACGCCAGUGGGAUCUGUUUUCUCUCUGGUGGAAGGUACUGACAGACAACAACGCCGCCUUCAAUAGCAGCAAGUACAAGACGUCCAGGGAGGGCAUCACGAAGCACAUUGGGGAUCUCCACCGCAAGAUCAAGGCCAUAGAGGACGAGUUGAAUCUGAGUGGUGUCAAGGUGCAGAGUGGCACUUGUCAGCCAUUCCACCAAGCCGGAGACCCUACAGUCCUCGUUGCCGGGGUCGAGUCAGGUUGGCCAGUCGACUUUCUCGACCCGCUCAAGGUCAGGCUGCGCCAUCAGAUUCUGGGGGCCAUCAAGGACAACGAGCUUGUUACUCCCACUCUGCCUCAAGAUCUUGGAGAUAUCGUCGAGAGGCUCGACGACGCCUGGAAAACCGACGUGCGGCUCCUCCUGUCUGAAUUCCUGGCCCUAAAGUCCGACCAGGACCGGGAGCGCAAGUUCGAGAAGCCCGCACUACGCCCUCUCUAUCAUGACAUAGACCUGAGAACUGUUCCUUUCGAAGAUGAGAAGCCAAAGGUGGCGGAUGUGGUUCGCUGGCGUGACAGGUGGCACAGCACGCAGCCGUGGUCUCCUCUCUACCUCGAAUGGGAGGUGGAAUUUGUGCACAUCCCCUUUGACUUCUGGGAGUUGGAUAAUGGCGACUUGACUGCCACUCCAGCCGUGGAUCCUAAGCUCCGAUACCAUAUCAAGACCCAGUCUCUCGGCGAGGGAGGCGUCAAGGACACGAGGAAGCUUUCUGGUAGAGUCUUGAUGUUGCCGCAGCCAACGAAGUCGCUCCAAGACAAGAUUGAGCAGCUCUUUGCCGACACGCCGGCUCCCAUGCCCAAAGACAUGGCAUCCGAUCGCAAACUCGUGCUGGCCAACAUCGACAAGUUGAGCCUCAUAUCGGCCCCUCUGGCUGGCUUUACCAACCACCUCAUCACCAGACAAGGAGGAACACACGUGAAGCCGACAUACCGGCAGCCGAACCGCGACGGAGACGGCGGUAGCCUCCCCCAGGUCAUUCCCGAAGCCAUCAACAAGGCCAGUCAUGGAGAAUUCAGCGGAGCCGACUUGAUACUGAUGGGCCUGGAGACGGAUCUGACUCCGUACGGGACGGCCGUCUCGUUCUCGGCCAACGGAGAAAACCCAUUCAAGCCUGUCACACACGGUCAGUUCUGCUUCUCCAAGCUCAACAUUGUGGACAAGUUUGGCCAGGCCGUGCAUGCCAUCUCACCCAAGGCCCACGGCGACAAGAAGAUCCCCAAACUAUACACCAGCGAGUAUCUGCGAGCUCAGCAGCUGCUACAGCUGCCCGCUUCAGGCCCGCCCCCUGAGGGUGGGCGCGGCGAUGCUUCGCUCGUGAGGAGCGAGUUUGCCCAGAUUCCUCCGCAGAUCAACCAGCUCGCACGCAUCAACGCUGAGUUCGUCACGCUGCAUCAGCCUGCAGGCUCGGAUUAUGCGCCCUACUGGAAGCCGGUUGGACAGGCGGGCGAGCCUGUUUGGGGCUGGGUCAUGAUCAAUUAUGCCAACUCUGGCUUGCAGUUCUUUGCCAGUGACGGAAGGUUUUACAGAGAGGUCAGGUUCGGAGGGCCCACGGGCAGCAUGGCCUCUCCCAACUGGAUGCCAGAUCGGACAGGCCUCGAUCCCAAGACAGAUCCCGCGCUGAAGCAACUAGAAGGGUUGCUUGAGACUCUAAAGGACGAGCACUAUCUCAAGGCCUUCAUCCGUAUCAUCAACAAAGCCAUGGGGCACAUGCUUCCGGCCCCAGGGGCAUUUUCCGAAUUCAUGAGCGCCAUUGUCGGCCAGCCCCUUGCUCUGGUCAACAUGGGUUGGUCCAUCGAGCUCGCUACCGAGGCAUACACGAGCCACGCCUCCCUUGGGGGCACUUUCAUGCGCAAGAGGCUCACGCCAGACCCAGACUUUGAGGAAUCCCACACGCCCGAGGAUCAACUGUACAAGUUCCAGGUGAAGCUGGGAGAUGAGAAAAAGGCCUACGACGGGCUUGUCGCAUACUGGAACGCAAAGCGAGACCCAGUUGUGGGUGACGGCCUCGAUCUGGGGACGCUAUAUACGUACUAUAUAGAAAAGGAAGAGGGCCAAGUCCCCAAUGCUGAUGAUCCCUCAAGACUAAUCAGCAAUGCAAACUUUCCCAGCUUCGAGCCCUACUACCUCGACCCCACCGAAGGCAAAGCCGCGGAUCAUGAGAUCCGGCACUGCCGGAAACUGCACGGCUUUGGCGCUCUCAUUGACCCCUUCACGGCCGUCCACGGGUACAGCAGCAUCCUUCCGGUGCGGGAGCUGAAGCUGUCUCCGUGGAUGUGGGAAAAGGCGUUCCGCAACAUGAAGGCCUUUUUCCACAUGGGGCCGCUGAUCAUCACGACGGACCUAGUGAUGCCCAACGCAAAGCCUCCAGCUGCAGACGGAGAGGAGGUUGCGGCUGCAGAAGUAAAGGCUACGGAUCCAAAGCCCAAGCCGGAGCCGUCCAAAGUCAAGCUUCCGACCAACAGCCUGGCGGAGUGGGAGUGGCUACAACCGCACAAGGUAGGCGAGGAAGCCUUUCCCGAGUCGGUGCGCGUCGAGAGCUUCGGCGUUGCCCCCGUGGAUCAGACACCCCGGUUUGAGCCGAAUCCCUACACUGCUGUCGAGGGAUACCUGCGUCUCAAAGGUCCUAGCGUGGCAAAGGAAGCCUCUAAGUGAAGUCGAGUCAGGGAGUUAAUUGAGAAAGUAAUAAAAGAGGUAGCUCAUAUGAG